GCAAGUAAGUUGCAGCAAGCACCUAUCCACUGUCGCCCAUCCGCUGUCGCCCAUCUGUCUGGUGCUGAGAGAGGAAAGUGAGAGAAAUGGUGACUUAUAAAGUAGAAGUGGAGACGGGCAAGGACGUCUAUGCUGGGACCAUGAACUCCAUCUCAGUGGUGCUGAUUGGGUCUGGAGGAGAAAGCCAGAAAAACCCACUGGAUCGCUGGGGGAAAGAUUUCCAUCCUGGUGCCAGAGAUUUAUAUGAAGUGAAAUGUGAUAAAGAUCUCGGGGAGAUCCUGGUGGUGCGACUCUACAAAGAACCUUUUACUUGUUUCCCGGUGGACGACUGGUUCUGCAGAUCCAUUAAAGUGACCUGCCCCAAUGGAGAAACAUCUGAAUUCCCAUUUCAUUUGUGGUUCUCAGGCUGCGGAACCUUUGAGAUUCAACAAGGGAAAGGAAUAAUCCUGGGGGACAGUGUCAGUCCCGUUAUAAAGAAACAGAGAGAAGAAGAACUGGAGCAGAAGAGACAGACACACAAGUGGAAAACAUACGCUGUAGGGGUCCCUCGCUGUAUCAAUGUCAACGAUGUUAAAGAACUGUCCCCAAACGAUCGAUUCUCCUUCUUGAAGACAGUCAGUUUUGGAUUUGGGUUUUUUUCCAGUUCUCUUGGGCCUAAGCUGAAAGGCUUCCUAAAAUGCUCCAACUCCUGGACCGACCUUUGUGACAUCAAGAGAGUCUUCUCCAUCCAAUGGACACCAAUCUCAGAUCUGGUGUCUGAGCUGUGGAAUGAAGAUACUUUCUUUGGGUACCAGUAUCUAAAUGGAUUAAAUCCACUGAUGAUCCAGAAAUGUCUCGGGAUUCCUGAUAAUUUCCCUGUUGAUGAUGUGACGGUGUCUGCGAUUCUAGGGACGUCCACAACCCUCCAGAAUGAACUGCAGAAUGGAAACAUCUUCCUGGCAGAUUACAAGAUCCUUCAGGGAAUCUCUACAAAUGUUGUUAAUGGAGAAACCCAAUAUCUUGCUGCCCCAAUGUGCCUGCUCUGGAAAUCCCCCCAGGAUAAAGUUGUGCCUAUUGCUAUUCAGCUGAAUCAAACCCCAGGGGAGGAGAACCCAAUCUUCCUGCCUACUGACCCCAAGUGGGACUGGACUUUGGCCAAGCUGUGGGUGCGAAACUCUGAGUUCCAGGUCCAUGAGAUUGUCUCUCAUUUCCUCUACACUCAUUUGUGUGCUGAGAUCUUUAAUGUCACUACCACCCGGCAUCUCCCAAUGGGCCACCCUGUGUACAAGCUGAUCCACCCACAUCUCCGUUACACCCUGGAGAUUAAUACACUCGCCCGACAGACUCUUAUUGGCCCAGACGGCUUCUUUGAUCAGGCUGUGGUGAUUGGGAAUGGGGGAGUCCCUGUGCUACUUGCAAGAGCCACGGAGAGUCUGACCUACAGCGCCCUCUGUCUCCCGGAUGAUAUUCAGGCAAGAGGAGUUGAGUCUGUUCCCAAUUAUUUCUACAGAGAAGACGGGAUGAGAAUCUGGAAAGCCAUGGAAAGCUAUGUGUCUAACAUUGUCCAUUACUAUUACCCGAAUGAUCAAACCGUCUCUAAAGACCCAGAACUUCAGGCUUGGGUGGCAGAGAUCUUCCAGGAAGGCUUCCUGUCUAAUACAAACUCAGGAAUCCCAUCAUCCUUUGUAACCCGGGUGGAGCUGACCAAAUACCUGACUAUGGUGAUGUUCACAUGUUCUGCUCUACACGCUGCAGUAAACAGUGGCCAGUUUGACUUCUACUCCUGGAUGCCCAAUGGUCCAUCCACCAUGAGGAAACCUCCCCCUACUGCUAAGGGCGCCACCACCUACCAGAGUAUCCUGGAGACGUUACCAGCUAUAAACACAACUGCUUCAACCAUGGUCACUGUCAAUCUCCUCAGUAGAGAGCCACUAGAUCGGAGACCACUCGGACGAUACAUAAACAAGAACUUUGUUGAAGAUGUGCCAAAGAAAUGUGUUGAGCAAUUCAGAGAUACGUUAUGUGAGAUUUCAAAGGAUAUCAAACUGAGGAACAAGAUGCAGAAACUAACGUACCAUUACCUGGAUCCUGAGGAAAUUGAGUGCAGUGUCUCUAUAUAGUUGCAACUCCCAUGGGGAUCAGUCUCAUUCUAUACUUCUUUCUGCUUUAUAAUGUGUCUAAAUAAACAUGUAACACU